AUGAUUGAAGGACUUGGUUUCCAGAAGAUGUCGAAGAUCGCUUCUUCGAAGGCUUUGGUCAUCCGAGUCAACCUGGUUUUCCUUGCUCUCUUUUUUGUUGUUUACGUUGCUCUUCUUCUCCAGCCGGCUACCACUAUCUAUUACCAGAACGCAGCAGUAUCUCUGAUUAGGUGCUCAUUUCGCGACUGCCAUCAGAACGGUAAGGUGGUUGAUGGCGUUAAGAUGAUGAAGCAGGUAGUAAAGGAGACAAAAGAAGAGUACAUAGCCACACAGCAUGAAGGGUUGAAUACGAGUACUAAAAUGGAGGUACCGAGCUUUUUGGAGGGAAUAAUAUUGAAGGGGAUUAAGAUUGGGAUGGUGAAUAUGGAAGAAGAUGAUGUUAGAGAGUGGAAGAGAUUUGGACAGGUCAUACCGAUUCAUUUCGACCGGGUUUCAGAGUUAUUCAAAUGGGAGGAUUUAUUUCCUGAAUGGAUUGAUGAAGAGGAAGAGACUGAUGUGCCGUUUUGCCCGGAGAUACCAAUGCCGGAGUACCAAAUCUACGACAGGAUGAACCUCGUCGUGGCUAAAUUGCCUUGCAAGUAUCCGGAAGAAGGGUGGAAUAGGGAGGUGUUUAGGCUCCAAGUCCAUCUCAUAGCGGCGAACCUGGCUGUGAAUAGGUGUACGAGUUUGCUGGGUUUAACUAAAGAAAAGGGUAUUACAGGAAAUUAG